GAUACUUCCGGAUUUGAUGCGCUCUUAAUUGGUUUCUAUGGUAAGGGGAAGCCAUAGCUAGCUCAUUUUGGCGAGUGUAGUUGAUAAAAAUGUAACGAAUAAUGAAAUUGAUUUGAUUUAACUAACGUGUAAAGUAAAAUGUAAUUGUUACCAACCUCUGAAGAUUCGGUAUAACCAGUGACUUGACGGUUGUUACAGUAUACUCGCUAACGUAACUCACUAAACGACUUGGCUUCUUAGCUUGCUACUCCUUGCUAGUUAUCAUUAGCGAAACCAUUUAAUUUGAUCAUAUCAUCAAGUCCGAAUCCUAGGUAACUACUCUGUCCGCGGUUUAUUCCUCAACUGCGAUUGCUGCCUUUGAAAUUACUGGUUUGAAAACGAUACACGAUGAAAAUCAGUUCGUCCGUUUUCGCAUCUUUCUGCCUCAUGGUGGAACUAUUUGCCAUUGCAUUAUUCCUAAAAGGUUUUUUCCCUGCUCCCGUAAAGUCAUCUUUCUCAUCCAAGACCACAGUUUCUGAUCUUCCGGCAGAACCAUUGUCAGGAAAUAAUCCCAACUCCUCCAAAGUCCCGGCACCUCUCUUUCACCGAGUGGUGAUAGUGCUGAUAGAUGCUUUGAGGGAAGAUUUUGUGUUCGGGUCGAAGGGGCAGCAGUACAUGCCAUACACUCAACACCUAGUUGAGCGGGGCUCCUCUCACAGCUUUGUGGCCAAGGCCCGGCCCCCCACAGUCACCAUGCCGCGUAUCAAGGCCCUGACCACUGGCAGUAUCCCUGGCUUUGUUGAUGUGGUGAUGAACCUGAACUCACCCGUUUUGUUGGAGGACAAUCUCCUCUGGCAGGCUAAGGCAGCAGGAAAGCGGAUAAUCUUCUAUGGAGAUGACACUUGGGUCAGACUAUUUCCGAAGCACUUCAUGGAAUAUGAUGGCACAACCUCGUUUUUUGUGUCGGACUACACAGAGGUGGACAAAAAUGUGACACGCCACUUGGACAGCACCUUGAACAGAGAUGACUGGGACAUCCUGAUCCUCCACUACCUGGGCCUGGACCAUAUUGGACACUUGAGUGGCCCACACAGCUCCCUCAUUGGCCCCAAACUCCUGGAGAUGGAUGACAUCCUGAAGAAGAUCCACUCCUCUCUCACCUCCCGGGAGAUGGAAGGGAGUUUGCCCAACCUGUUGGUACUGUGUGGAGACCAUGGGAUGUCUGAGACAGGGAGCCAUGGGGGGUCAUCUGAUCCCGAAAUAAACACCCCAUUGGUGCUGAUCAGCUCUGCCUUCAAGAGGAAGGUGGACAUGGAAAAGCCUGGGACUGUGGCGCAGGUGGAUGUGUUGCCUACAUUGGCCCUUGCCCUGGGUCUGCCCAUCUCUCGGAACAGUGUAGGAUGCCUCAUCCAGCCUGUGUUUGAACACACCUCACUCCGGGACCAGCUUCGCUUCCUGCACCUAAACAGCUUCCAGCUGAACUGCCUUCUUAAGGACAGCACACCAAACUUCCAGAAAGAGGAAGGUUAUGACCAGUUCCACUUAGCAGAGAAAUCGCAUGCGAACUGGAUGAAACUUUACCUCGAGGGGAACACUUCGGAGGUGCUGAGUAACUUGGGGAGGAAGCUUCUGAGACAGUACCUGGGUGCUCUGAAGGCCAUGAGUUCCACCCUCAGCAAGCAGCUGGGGAAGUAUGACAUGUACUCGAUGAUUGUGGGCAUGGUCUUGGUCCUGCAGGUGCUGUUGGUUCUUAUUCUGGCCAUGCCAGAAGCCCUGAGUCAUCCUGCAGAAGUGGAGAUCCCACUGUAUUCUUCCCUGCUGUCCUUGCCCUUCUAUAUGCUCUGGCUCCUGUGCUGCUCCAUCCAUGUGCUAGUGUGCACCUCAGCUGAGAGCUCCUGUUACCUGUGUAAUCUAUCCUGGGGUCUGGUGCUGGCUGCUAUCACCACCAUCUCUGCCAUGCUCUGUGUGCUCCUGUCAAUGGCUGGAAGAAAGCUUGCCUCAGGGGCAAAGACUGGCACAAAGAACACAAAUGGCUCUGGGUUCUCAGAGCUGGAUAUGCUACUCUUGACAGGGACAGCGGGUAAUGUGAUCAGCUUGGGCUCCAGCAGCUUUGUUGAAGAGGAACAUCAGACCUGGUACUUCCUGAUUAACACACUUUGUCUGGCCAUCUUCCAAGAUGUCUGCCGCAAAUAUUUUCGGGAGAGGAAGAACUACAGUGAUGACAGCUCUUACCUAGUCUCCAAAGAAGAUCUUCCCGUCUUGCUGUCCCCCAUAUCAGGGCAGGGCUCCCAGAAAUGGUUGGCACUAUCUACACCCCUGCUGACCCUAGCCUGCUGCCGCCUCCUGCGGUCCCUCAACCAGACUGGGGUGCAAUGGGCGCACCUGCCUGAUAUGAGCCAUUGGCUCAACAGCUGGGAACACAAGGCAGAGCUCUCGGUACUUUCUGCUGCCUCAUUGGUCCUCAUCUUCUUCCUCGUGCAGAAACGUUGUUCUCUGGUUUCCAAGAUUGCUUUGGCUCUUGGCCUGCUUGGAGUGUACAGCUACCGGGCAGCAGUCGGUAACGUGCUGUUCCCAUGGCAACUGGCCAGCCGAGAUAUCUCCAAAGGGACAGUAGAGGCUAGGUUUGUCUACAUCUUUGUCCUGGGCAUCCUAUUUACAGGCUCCAAAGACCUGCUCAGAUCACAGGUCAUCACAGCAGACUCUUGGCUGAAGUGCAGGGGUCUAUGGGAGGUGUAUAGUGGUAUAGUUCUACUGUGCGCCAUCCUUCUCCGACCCCACAAUCUGCCAGUGUUGGCUUGCAGUCUCCUCAUCCAGACAGCAAUGGCCCAGUAUAUCUGGAAAGAGCUGCAGUAUGAUGCAGCCCAGACAUCCAUCAUACACUACUGGUUCGGACAAGCAUUCUUCUACUUCCAGGGGAACUCCAACAACAUUGCAACAGUGGACAUCUCAGCAGGCUUUGUUGGGCUUGAGAGUUAUGUGGCGAUUCCUGCCAUUUUCCUCACAGCCUUCAGCACCUAUUCUGGGCCCCUGCUCUGGGCGUGUCACCUAGUGUGCUACCUCAGCUCUGCACAAGACAGCCGGCAUCCAGCGUCUCUGGGCCAUGGAUGUUACUGCUUUGCCUUGUUGCGUUCCAUCCCAACAGUGGUGUACAUCAUCCUGGUCACUGCCUUGCGCUACCACCUCUUCAUCUGGAGUGUCUUUUCCCCAAAGCUGCUGUAUGAAGCCAUGCAUACACUGGUGGCCACCGUGGUCUGUAUCUUCUUCACUGCCAUGGACCAGAACCACAUAGCCCAGUCCUAGAACUGGGAUGACAGAUAUGAGUUAAGCAACUCCUCAAUUCUGAUUCCUGUUGCUGCAGCUGUGUACAUGAAUCUGGGUUAUGGCUAUGAAUAUAUUUGUCCAUAUUUUUGUCUAUUUUCAUUAGGGUUAUCCCUAGUUUGCCUUUUUUGUGGUAAAUUGCUUCUGGAGUGGGUUUACAACUUAAACUGGGAUUGUUAUGAUGUCAUAGCUUUUCAGAUUAGACACAGCAAAAAGUUUUUAUGUUUAAUCCCCAUUGAACUUGUAUGGAGUUAAAUUAACACUGGACAUUUUACUGUACUGCAUGUACAUUGUUAUAGAUGUAAGCUCAGAAAUUGAACAGGGUAUGUUAGGAUGUAAAAUAUGUGUACUGUUUCCAUGAUAAUUUUGCUUUUCUAGACUUGACUAGCAUGAUUCAUGUUUCAUCCAUCAGCCUCCAUAUGCAGGGGCCAUAUGGUACUGCCCACAGGUGGUUGCCUUCAUUGUUCCAUUCAUUUCAGUUUGUUCUGGACAGCAGCGCGCCCUACAGAGAUAAUGAAAUAACUUUGUUUGACAAUCUAGAUCAAUACAGAGCACCAUGCAUGGUUACAAUUUCUUUGGUGCACAGUCUCUCCAUUUUCGCUCCAUACGAACCCUCCGCCAGCAACUGAAUCUCUGGAAUCACCCAACAGCCUGGCAGAAGAAGCAAGAAUCAGGCUUAAGAAAGUAUAUUUGCUACUUUAUUAGAUGUGUUGUGCUACAUUUAUUGUAAAUUUGUGUUGGAAAAACAAAUGUGCAGGUGCCUGUAUAACGUGCAGGAUUACGGAGUUAGCUCAAUAACUGCACCUAGUAACACCUGGAACAGUGGGGGUUUUUUUCAGUACGAGUUCCAGAUUUAUUAGGAGUUUUACUCAGUUUAAUUAUCCAGCUAACUCGGUAAUCCUGCUUCAUGAUAAAGGCCUCUGAUACAUGGAUGCAUAUCUACCUAAACCCAAAGAUGAUAGCUUGACAGACAAAGUCACUGCAGCUGAAAUAACAAGCAUGUAUCUCACUAUGCACUACUCCCUUUCAUACACGGAGGCCAACUUCGGUAGCACGCUACUCCCUAAUUUUGCCAGACCCCAAGAAAAUAGAAAGAUUGCAAGAAAAUACCAUGUGGUCGAACAAAAGCUAUUACCAUCCAAUUCAUGUCCAGGCAAGGAGAUUUGACAUGCAAGAUUUCUGCUUAAUAUAUUUUAUGCCUAAUUAUAAAGCUAUCCUGUUACUUCUGACUUUUUGAUGACCAUUCAUGGUUUUUUUAUUUUUUUUAUUGCAUGUUUGAUCUAAAUGAUGUAUCUAAAUGAAUAAAGACCGCACUUACCAUUGGCCAUGCCUAUAACAUUCACAAUUUAUUUUGUAAUCUGUUAAUUAUUCAAGCAUAAUAUUCUGUGCGGGCUGUAACUGCUGGUGGGAUAUGUGUCAAAGCCAGAUAUGCAUUAUAUCGAAGUUCUAUAUGUUUGUUGAUAACCUAUUAAGAAUUGGCAUAAUCAAUCUGUCCCACAUUGCCCCACAAAAGGUCAAUUCCUUUGUUUUCACUAUACACUGAAGACAAUGGAGUUUGUGGUCAAAAGAUGUACAUGAGAUGACAGAUCCAAAUUUCUGCUUUUUAUUUAUUUUUUAUAUCACCUUUUGUAUCAGACCACACAUUUUUUUGGUGAGCAAAAGUAUUGGAACAUGUGACUGACAGGUGUUUCUUGUUGCCCAGAUGUGUCCUGUUUCAUUGAUUGGUUAAACAUUAAAUAGUUCUGAAUGUCUA